AUGGACGCUUACGACACAAAAGUCCGUCCUUCAGAGGAGAAGAGACGGUCCAGUGACAAUGACAAUGUCAAUGGCAUAGUCGAGACAUACACCGAAGAAGAGGAGAGGGCGCUCGUGCGCAAGCUCGACAUGGUCAUCUUGCCUUUCAUGUGCCUCGUAUUCCUUCUGCAAUACCUCGAUAAGCAAUCCCUUAGCUAUGCGGGUGUCUUCGGCCUCAUCACGGAUCUGAACCUCACGAACAGUCAGUACUCCUGGUGCAGCUCGAUCUUCUACAUCGGCCAGCUAGUGGCCGAGUACCCUUUCAUCUACCUGAUGAGCCGGUUGCCACUAACAAAGUUCGUCGGCGCGACGGUCAUCCUCUGGGGCAUAACAUGCGCGUGCCUCGCGGCGCCGCAAAACUACCCGGGCUUCGCCGCCGUCCGAUUUCUGCUAGGGUUCACCGAGGGAGCCGUUUCGCCGGCUUUUGUGACCAUUACCUCUAUCUGGUACAGGAAGCAUGAGCACGCGUUGCGGACGGGGCUGUGGGUGUCUAUGAACGGUAUCGCGCAGGUAGUCGGGUGUCUGCUCAUGUACGGGAUUGGGAGGAACGGAAGUCUUGCGCUGGCGCCAUGGCGCACGCUCUUCAUUAUCUGCGGCGCGCUGACAAUCGCCGCGGGCAUCGCCUUUUUUAUUCUUAUGCCUUCUGGGCCAAAGGACGCGUGGUUUUUGUCAGCAGCGCGCGAGAAGCAAGUCCUCUCGUUACGGAUGGCGCAUGACCGGGAAGGAGGCGACAAGACCUCUUUCUCAAUCAUGCAGUUAAAAGAAACGAUGCUGGAUCCCAAGGCCUGGUGCGCGUUUUGGUUCGGUGUCCUUGUGACCAUGCAAUCCCCCGUCUUGACAUUCGCGACUCUCGUCAUCAAUUCAAUUGGGUACUCCCAACUCCAGACAAUGCUGUAUACAGCUCCCUCGGGAGCGGUGCAGGUUGCCCUACUUUGGAUAGGGAUGCUUCUGUGCUAUAUACUUCCAAGACAGCGCACCAUUGUCGUGGUUCUCCUCUGCAUCCCUCCCAUAAUUGGGAAUAUCCUCAUGCUCGUCCUCCCACUAAGUGCAGGGUGGGGUGUGAUUGUUUCUGCUUGGCUGGCCUCCUGCAUCACCGCUUCCUGGUCCAUCCUCCUGUCGCUUGUCGCAUCAAAUGUAAAAGGCAACACGAAGCGCGCCGUCGUCAACGCCAUGUUUUUCAUAGGGUAUUGUGCCGGCUGCAUUGCAUCUCCACAACUUUGGACGCAUAGACCGAAGUACCUCGAGGGAUUGAUUACGGCGCUUGUCACAUGGGGUCUUUUGAUCUUCACAACGAUCGUUUAUAGGGUGCUUUGUGUUAGGGAUAACAAGCGGCGCGAGAGGGAGGCGCAGGAACAGGACGGGAGCGGGCUUGAGGGAGAAGGGGCAUUGGGCUAUAUAGGUGGCGGUGCGGAGAGUAUGGAUCUUACGGACAAGCAGGAUAGGGCGUUUCGUUAUAGUUGGUAG